CUUCACAUACCAAAUAGGGUCACAAGUAAAGUAAUUAAACAUUGUCCACCAAAUAAAGCAUGAAAAAAUAAUUUAUAUGUUGUAUAUUUGUCAAAAUAAUCGCGUUUCCGAAGUUCGAGCCUGAAAGGGGACGAACCCGGAAGUGAUACGUCACACCGAGAACAGCGAUGGCGGCGCUCCAUGUGCCCGCCAUACAAAGCCCUUCCAACAAUGAUUCAAACUGCGAUAUAAGCGAUACAUCGAGCGCAAGUGAGGACAUCCAAGUUUUUGAAGAGUUGGAGGAAGAGGAGGAGGUUGGAAUUUUAUAUGUUGGACCUUACAUGUAUGAGCCAGAUGCUAAUGAGGAUGCAAGCAAUGUGCCCACACGACCUGACUUGGAAUGGAGACAAGACCCAUCGAGAUUACAAGAUUGGUGUACUUGUGGUAAUUGCCAGCAAAUGCCUACAGCAGUUGAAUGUGUUUGCUGCCAUGAAAUUGAAGAAGUAGUGACUGUACGUCAACAAGGAGAGGAACACUUCAAUCAAGUGCUGGCCUGCAUCACCAACCAUCCUGGACUCAAUGCGGUGUGCCUGGACCCAUAUGGAUUACAGGUGGCAUGGAUGACCUACAAGCAGCAGUACAAAGGCAAGGCAUUCAAUGGACCACAGGAUGCCAAGUAUAGGCAUAUUGCCUACAGACAACUGGUGCGCUGGUGCUGGAAUUAUCUUGGUCAGGAAAACCGUGUUGUGCUCCCAGCAUGUGCAGUGUCUUGUAUCAGGGCACAUUUUCCACCACCGGGAGAAGAGGAGUCAGCUGUAUUCAAAGGGUUUCGUGUUUCACAGAGAAAUGUUCCAGAACUGUGAUUUAGACUGGUUUUAUAGUGGUUAAUGUGGAAAUUAUCAUUACAAAAUACUGUAAUAAAAAUAAACAAAUGAGGACAACUGAAUACAGGGAAUGUGAUUCUUUAUUUCCUGAGGAAUCUAGUAUGGUGCUCGGCAAUAACAAUUGACUUGUCCGGUCUGUUCACUGCUGCUGUAAGAAAUUGUGGGUCGACUAACACAUCACCAGUUCUGUGCUUCUUUGGAAUGUCAAUCAGUUUCAUCACCUCUGACAGGCAGUCAUUCACAUAGUCUACAAAAAAAAAACAAAAAAAAAAAACAUCGGGAUGAUAAAUAUUAGGACAACAUAUGGGUUAUACUCAGUAUGUAAUGCAUCUGCCUGGAAUUAUUUUUGAUUCAUAACCUACCAUAAGUUGCAUCCACCAAUAUCUUUCUCAGAGAAUAUCCACCACUCUUAUAUUUGGGAUAAACGAUACAGUAGGAGUGUAUUCCUUCCUUCGUCACUUUCUGUGGUCUCCCAGCAUUUUCGUUAUAAUGCAUAGCAGCGAGAAUGAUUCUGGAAAUGAACAAAAAAUGCCUUAUUAAAAAAUGUUCAAAUUGUGAUGAAAUAGCAUAUCUUUAUAUAUAUUUAUAUCUCAAAGUUUUACAUUUCAUCCAUGUCAAAGUUUUCUUAAACACACCUGCUUUUCAUUCCUUUGUACGAGAAGUGGUACAUCUUUGGAGCAAAGUGAUUCACCACACUGUGAAAAGUUUCAACGCCACUGGUCUGUCCGAGGUGAGACAUCUUCAUGACAUCGUUGACAAACAUGGUCUUUGUCAGGAGUUCCACCACUGCGACGUUAACUUCAGUACCUUUCAAUGAAUUUAGAAGGUAUGAAAAUAUUUUAUUUUUCAGGGUAAACUAGCAGGCAACAUCUAACAAAAAAAUAAAAUACCUGGUAAUAGCCACGCUUUGUUUGUAGUAAUUGGAGGAUGUAAACAACUAUCGUGCACGUUCUGCAGGUGGUCCACACAUGCCAGCCACUUCUGCUUCUUUUCUUCCGGUGUCUGGGAGGAAAGUGCACACCAGUACAAAUGGCACUUCAAACUUUGUACCCAAUCCUUCACAAUCGACAUGCUCUUCUUUUUGCCCAAGGAGUCCAGUUUCUUGCACAUACCUGUAUAUUUAAUAUAUGAAAACUCAUGAAGUGACGUGCAUGACUUAUAAGACAUAAUCCCAAAACUAGCGUAUUUAUAAACAUUGAAAUAAACUAACCUUUAACAAUGUGCCAACAAUCAUAAUAAUGGAUGACUUGAGUCCAAUUCUCCCUGAUCCAUUUCGCCACCUGGCGAUGCCUGUCAGUGAUGACAACUUUUACAUUGAAGCCUUCCAACUCCUGACGGCAUCUUUUCAGGCCCUCCAGUUCCAUUCCAUAGCUUCCCCCAGUCUCGUUACUCUAAAGGAUAAGUGUAAUACGUGUCUUAAGACAAACAAUUGUCAUUUUAUUAAGCCCCAUAUAAUUUACAAAGCAGUUCACUGGCUGUGGGCUAGUCGCACAAGGUUACACCUACCUGCACCAGAUGAACAGUUAGCACCUUGUUGAGAUCCAGUUCCAUCAAAUUAUAACUCCCGUACUUGGCACAGUGACCCAUGGAGUCACAUCUUCCAUCUCCUCCAAGGACCAGUUCCUUCUCCGUAAUGGACCCCAAAAGAGCACACUGCUUCUUUGUCCAUGUGGUUGUCAGUGCUUCAUGUAUAUACGUGGCCUGGUGGUGGAAGUAUGCCCACUUAUUGUGGCACUGAAUAUUCAGGAAUCUGAAAACAUAAACAAUACAUGUUGAUUUUUCAAUUCACAGCCCGCGUGUCAGAGCAAAAAGUGUAACAUUAUAUACAUAGUUCACAAAUACAUUUAAUUUGCUCCAUUUGGCCAUCAUAACAAUUCAACCUGAUGUUUACCUGAAUAUUCUUAAAGCCUUGCUUGGCAAACUUCCAGUAAACAGGAUCGCUGAGCUGAGAAGGACGUUUAGUACAGGCAGGUUUCUAACAAAGGGCUGAUUACACCACUGAUGCUUGUUCCUACAAACAGUGCAAACAGCUUGGAUCUUCACCAGCGUCCCUUUGACAUAGCGGUAGCAAGUGCUUCUGCCUUUACAAAGGACACAAACGGCCAAGAGGGCAAUCAGGGAGGACUCGAACACCAAAUACUUCCGCUGCUUGUGAAGGUCUUCACUUUCAUUGCCCCUGCAAAUAUAUUUCAACAAUGCACAAUUACGAAUGUGAAUCAAUUGAGCUUGAAAAGUGCAAUGAAAAUGAAAUAUGCUCCUGUCAAUUUGGCCAAUUUCAGUUUUGUGGUUAUAAAUGUUGAUUUGUGUAAAUCUCAUUUACAAUGAAAAUAAUGAUGAUAAUCUUACCGGAUUUCUUCAAAGCUGUCAUGUGUCACUUCAUCAUCUGAGGAACUUGGUUCAUCUUCAUCGCUGUCCUCCCCUGCAAUAUAUUCCACAUCAUGGUCUGGGAGGUGUUGACUGUCCAUUUCCACGUCACUCUCCUCUUCACUGUCUGUGUCAACCAGUGGCAUACAAACUUUCUUCCUUUUGGGUUCUGGUUGGCCCAAGUUGCAUUGUAUACCAAUGGACCGGUAAUUUGCCCUUGUCUUGCAUUUCUCGCAUGGAGGGCAAUACUUCAAUGUCUGCACCACUGAACAAAUUGAAAAGAUAAAUAUGUUUAUAAUCAAUGUACUGUAUGUAUAUGUUUAUCACUAAUGGCCAUCAUCAUCAUCAUCACUUACUUUUAUCCACCCUAUGUGUUGGUGUCACUUCAUCAUCUUGAUGGCUGUUUGAACAGGAUUCAUCCAGCAAUAACGUACCCCCACACUCAGCCAUCUCUUGUUCGGCGGCAGCUGCAGAGCUGAUAGCCUCAGCUAAGGUUCGCUUCCUUUCUCGGGUAGCUGCUGCUGUGCGCUGGACAGGUGGAUUUUGAUCUUGCUGGUCUUGUGGAGGCAGGUGAAUUGUUGGGACAGCAGUUGCAUUGAGUAAUAACCUGCAGAAUAAACAUGAGAUGACACUAAAAAUAUGCUUUGCUCAUGAAACCUAUAAAACCUAUUUAAAAAAAUACUAUCACAUCUUAUCUAACCCUAUGUCUUACUAAAUAUUUGAUUAUUA